AUGCUUCAGCUGAUCCCAUUUAUAUUACUUGACAGGUAUCUCUUUUGCUUUGCUUUAGUUUCUUCAUCUGAGAGCUUCUCUUUUUCUGUGAGCAAACCAGAAGUAAUGUUGAUAGGAUUGACAUUUUGGGAUGAAAUUCCAACAGUCAUAUUGUUAGAGAUUAUCAGCAGUAAGAGAAACAGCAGCUAUUGUCACUCCAAAGACUCUCUCAAUCUCCCAGACCAAGCAUGGCAACUGUGGAAUGAAGGCAAGAUACUCAAGUUUCCGGAUCCAAAGGUGUUUGGUUCACUUGAAACACCAACGCAAGUUGUUAGAUGCAUUCUUGUGGGCUUGCUUUGUGUGCAAGAACAUGCAAGUUACAGGCCAAAUACAGCUACAAUUGUUUCCAUGCUCUGCAGUGACACAGUUCUUCCUUCUCCUAAGCGACCGGCAUAUAGCAGCAAAGACAGAAGCUCUGAUGAUCCAAAUUUUUCACCUUGCUCCAGAAAUUCCAUUUCUAUUUCAAACGUUGAAGGACGUUAA